CCUCUGCAGUCAUCAAGGAUAUGAGGCUUUGAGUUUGAUAAUCUUGGAUACACCAAUAGUGUCAUCCUCUGCCGUGCUUGCACUGUGCAAAUAUACCAGUUAGAGGCCACACACAUCACAGGGCUUCAAGAAUUCCAUUAUACUGUGAUGGGAGACAGAAAUAUGCAAGAAAGCACACAUGGAGAGCUGAAGAAUGCUGUUUUGUCUAGUAUUGAUUCUUCUCUGGAUCCUGUUUCCGAAAACCAUUAAUGGAAACCUGUGUCCCGGAAAAUGUAAAUGUACAAAUGUGACUGUGGAUACUUUAAGAAUGGAUUGCAGGCUUCAAAACCUGUCCGAAAUCCCAGUUAUUCCAAUAUCUACUGAAGAACUGUACCUGCAACAAAACCAAAUCACCACAAUACCACCUGGGGUAUUUGAUAAGCUAAUGAACCUCAAAAAGUUCAAUUUAUCCUCUAACCCGCUACAUUGUGACUGCAAGAUUUUGUAUUUGAAAUUGUGGCUGGAUGAUCGAAAACUAGAUAUAGACAAUAGUACUAUUUGCUCGACACCGGCUAUGUUGCAUGGAAUGCCAGUAUCUCAGCUUAAACCCUGCUCCAGGCCGCAUACAUGCUUUGAUUUCCUUGCUAAAGACACUUUCCUAUAUAUUUCUUUAUUUUUGUUGUUUUCCCUAUUGAUCGUGUGCCUGAAAAAAAUCAAACUGAUGCAGUUCAGACUGAAUGUUACAGAUAAUGACAUCAUGUUUCGGACGCAUCAGUCUCUCCGAAUUAGUUUGAAAAAAAGAAGAUUUAAUCACAGAUAUAAAAAUGCAUAACCAUCUACUUCUCGUGUGUUACUGGGCUAAUUGUAAUAAUCAGAUGUAAACAUGCAUACAACCUGGUCAGUUCACUUUAGUUAAAUAUUUUGGGAAUAGUCUUCAUAUUGUCUUUGUUUUAAUUUCAAACUGUUUGUUUUAAUUACCGUAAUAGUUAAUAGAGGGACCAGUGAUGGAUUUCACAGACAUUGAAUAGCAAGGACUAAACAAAAGAAGAUCUACAUUAUGAGUGUAAUUUAUCCAUUGCUGGGUACACAAUAAGUCUCACAGUGUUAUUCAAACUUUGUUCACUCCAAAUCUCAAUCCAGUGUAAAAUAUUCACAAGUUCUAAAUGUUAUCUGGGUUAACAAAAUAAACCAACAAAAGAUGAUUGUGGACAAAUUAUACGUUUGCAAUUUACUGGGCAUG